AUGAAGUACUUGGAAAACAGCAGUUUACAGCAAAUCAGCGAGAAGAUCGGCUCUGCAUCGAAUGAUUGUUUGCUCGAUUUUAAGCUUGAAUCGUAUUCGUGCAAGAUGAUACAAAGUGACAAGCGACAAUGGAAAACGACGAAUUUGAAUGAGCGACAGCCACUUUCACCACCCGAAGACUGGAGCACUCUUGCUGCGCCGAUAGGCCAUUCUCAUCGAAUGCGCCAUCUCUCUGAACACAGUUGCUCUGGCGGGUCAGAUCACGAUGGGGAUGAGUUAAAUUAUGUUGACUCGAUUUCCAAAAGGACGAUGUUUGAUCUCAUCGCAGCUUUGAAUACGUCUUACAGUGACUAUGAUUUCAGCGACGUGAAGAGCAGUACCUUCUCGAGGAUGCGCGAUUUUGAGAGUGUCGUUGAUGCGGUCGAUAACAAAUUGUCCACGGCGGUUGGUGACAAAUAUCGCUUACUUCGUGAUGAGCUCUGGCAAUCUAUUGUGGAAGAAAUUAAGCCGCUUGAGUGCAAGAUCUACAGCUACAACUCUGGUUAUGAUGGCGAUCCGUUUAGCGAGGAAGGCGUGUUUUGGGGACUCACCUAUUUCUUCUACAACAAGAAUCUGAAACAGAGGCCAACCAAAGGAAAUGUGUACAUGUUGCAAAGU